AUGUUCUGGGGUCCUUUAACACAGAAUCUCGUUCGGUAUGAGGCGGGCGAUAUCGCGGCGGACGGCGCGGUCGCCCUGCUCAGUCAUAGCAUCGUCUAUGACGCCCACGGCCUGCGCCGCAACUAUUCAACUACGCUGGGCUUCUGUUCACGGUAUACCGAUAUCACGUGGAAGACCAAUCUGACGUGCAAAGACGCCGGUGGAGGACAAGGCAUCCCGAAGGGGGUAUACUGUAGCGCCAAGUUAUUUGAUGGCUCAGCCACUCUACGUCAAGUUGGCAACCUCACGACCGUCGAAGACUUUAUGACCAUCACCUUCGUUGGCGGCAAAGAUGGGCUGAUGUACCAUAGUAUUCGAUUACUCCCUCCAUACGUCCUCAGCAGUGCCUACAGGCCUUCUGUCGACUUCUCGAACUUCAGUGUCACCGAGUGCUCGCUGCAACAGUGUGUGUUGAGCUUCGAGACGUCUGUCCAAAACGGUGUAUAUAAGGAGACCUUGCUAGACACAUUCACGGAGCUACCCCCCAAUGGUGCAGACUGGUUAGCCCACAAGCUGCGGCCGCCAUGGGGUCUCGACCGCGGCAUUGAUCCCGCUGCUAACUUAUCUUUCGGCUUGAGUGAGUCCUUACAGCGAGACUGGGCAUGGCCUGAUCCCCAGUUUCUGGUGACCGACGUCAUUCCCGGCUCUGCUGCAACCAGCGACGGCCACACAGCCAUUGAAUUCUGUUCUGGAUUCGCGAACGGCUCCUGUAAGCAGUCCAAGAUGAUGAAUUAUAUCUUCAACGCGAAUUAUACCGCCAACGAAUGCGGCAGCGUCAACGCCGAUACCUUUUCCUGCGUCAUGGACGGGAUUGCCGCUGCCAUGAUGAAAACCAUACGCAACUCGGGUGUUGUCGCCAACGGCACAGAAAUUGGAGAAGCCUUUUUGGUCAAGGGCCAAGCAAGUACCGUCGCUACUUUCGUUAGAGUCCGGUGGUAUUGGAUUGCUCUCCCUGCCGCAGUCUGGACCCUUGGCUUUGUGGCGUGGGUUGUGGCGGUCAUACGGACGAAGCGUCUACAACUGCCGACUUGGCGAGAGGACGUACUGCCGCUUUUGUUUCUAUAUGACAGAUACGCUCAAGAUUACCUUCAUUCUUCUCUUCAAGGCGGUAGGAACGGGGGAGGCUACCGGGACUCGGUGUCAAGCGGUGCAAUCAGCGCGUGA